UCCCCAGGUGUCCCUCAGGAAGCGGCUGUUGAAGAGACUGGUAGAGACUGGGAGAUCUUGUGUGGAGAAAUAACGGGCGCCCCAGAGGACGAGGCAACAUGUCCUUCCCGUUCAGGAGGCGACGAGACAACCAGUUUAAACACAUAGCCCACGGCCUCAUUCCUGCAGCUACGGUAGCUCCCCGAUCUGCUGUCCCUCGCACCCCUCCCCCACGUAGCCCCAACCCUUCUCCGGAGAGACCCAGGUCCGCUCUUGCUGCCGCCAUUUUGAUGACUUCUUUAACUGGUCGGACAAUUGCAAUACCCCAACCACGCCAGAGAUCCUACUCUGAGAAUGACAGCACUUACAUGGACAGAACUGAUCAGAUCGAGCCCUACGCCACAGCCAGGGAUCUGGAAAUACAGCAAAACUGGAAGGCCAAUUCCAGUCGUGGAAACCUAAGGUCGCCGGUCAUGUCUUUUGAGUUUGAGGACGACGACGACGACACAGGGGAACAGAUGUCUGACAUUGAGCAGGUGUCUCAGAGGAGAGAUGAAAGCACCACACAGGAACCCCUGUAUGCCAUUCCCCAUAAGACCAAACAGAAGAAGACAAAACCCCCGGAAAGAGCGGAUGUGGAAGGUGGACGGUCAUCUCCUGAAGUCGUCAAUUAUCCAGCAGAAUCGGAGUUGCACACCACAGAAGAGUGUAAAGUUGAUGCUGCAGCAGAGUCUCCAAUUCCUCCUCCCCAUUCAGAGGAAAUCAAAGAGCAGAAGGAACAACUGGUCAGAUCAGGUUCCUCCGUGGUAGCAAGUCACAAGGCUUCUGAAAGACACCAAAGCCAAGAGGAAGACCCACAGUGGCGGGCAGCAGCUCAGCAACUGACAGGCAGGAACCUGGAGCUGGCCUCCCAAGUGGAAGAGCUGAAGCAGCAGAUAAAAACCAUGCGGGUGAAGGUGAAGAAUCUGAAGAAUGAAAAAAGGGGUUAUCAAGAAUUGUUGAAAAACCCUCGUGCAGAAGUGGAGACCGCAGAGCUGGUUUCUCUCCAAGAGCAGGCACAAGAAUUAGUAGAUGAGAACGACGCUUUAAAAACGACAAUCCAUCGACUGAAUGUGGAGCUGAGCCGCUAUCAAACCAAGUAUCGCCCCAUAUCCAAGGAAGAGGGUGUAAGGAUCGGCGGAUUACCCUCAAGAGGACCUCCACCACCAUGGCUCCUGGAUAUGAAAUAUUUGUCGCCGUUGUUGCUCGCAUAUGAAGACCGAAUUAAUGAAAAGGAUAAUUUGAUCCUGGGAUUUGAGGAGGAACUGAAGACCUUCAAAGCCAGAGUUAAAGAAGUGAUAGAGGAGAAUGAAAAAUUGCACCAACUAUUGACCCAGGACCGACCAGUAUCCAAUAAGGAGUGGGAGGGACUGCAAGCUCAACAUAAACUCCUUAUGGAGGAGAACAGAAUUUUGACAGAGCAGUUAGAGGUCCAAGAAGGAAAGAGCCGAGAGAAUCACUCCAAUCAUGUCCUGGCAGUCUCCGAAUUAACGAAGCAGCUAAUGGUUUUGGAAUCUACAAAGCGGAAUCAAGAGGAAGAAUUGUUAGAAUUUCAGAAGCAGCAGGAAGUUUUACGCUCCAAGUACAACGAUCUGAAAGCUACCAUGGAUGGCAGCGUCUCUGCCGAGGAACACGUUGCCAUGGUGAACGAAUUAAAAAGCCAACUUCAACAGCAGCAAGAGAACGGCAGAAGAGACGCGCAUGAUCUGAUGGGAAAGAUGACGGCUCUGCAGGCAGAGAAGAAGGCUCUACUCCUCCAGAGGAAUGACCUGUUAGCUGACAACAAGAUCCUGGAGGCAGAAGUGGAGGCCGUUAAAAAGUCUAACAGGAAGAUGCAGAGGAGGGUCGGCCAGCUGAAGCAGCAGUUGGAGGACGCGAUGGAGAAGGAGGUGACGGCACAUCAGUAUCUUGCCAAUCUAAUAACGCUGGCUGAGAGCAUCGCUGGGGAAAGAGAUGAGCUCAUUAAUAUGACUAAAGGCCUGGAAGCUGAAAAACGGGGCGCCCUGUCUACGAUGAUGGAAGGCGGUGUUCGCUUGGGGCGAUUAGAAGAGAUGGUAAAGGUGUACAGAAAGAAGGCUGCGAGCACCGUGCAAGGCAUCACUCACAAGCUGACGGAGCAGGAGGAAGACUUUGCAGGGAAGGCAGCCCAGUACCAGCGAGAAAUGAAGUAUCUCCGCUGGCUGCUUCAAGACAGGCAGCAAACCCUCAGCGAAGUCUUGCAGCAGAAAAGACAAGUGGAAGAACAGCUAGAAGUCAUCUGGGAGUCGGCGGCUAAUGACAACAAAGAGCUGAAAACGCGUUUACACGCCGCCAUGAGACAGAAAAACCCGGGAGGCAGCGACUUCUUUCUCCAGCAGGACUCCAUCGUCGGAUACAGCUUCAGUUACUGCGACGUGAACUCCUCGUCCCAUGGCGAUGACCCCUUGAAGUAGUCCAAUGAUCGGAGAGAACGAAAACGUGUCAUAGACAAAUCACCUGUACAUAUUCUAUAAAAUCUGUGUCCUGCGAAAGCUGGGUGACAACCAAUAUGGCGGCCAUCAGAGUUGUCGCCAAGCUUUCCUAGGUUCUUAAAAUGUUUGACAUUGAAUAUCUGAUCGGAUUUGCAGCUGAAAUCAGGUAAUACUUUCUAUAAUUAGCAGAUUACAGGGGUGCUCCCACCAUUAGAGGGGUUUUCCGAGGCUGAAUAUUGAUGACCCAACUGUAGGAUAGCUCAGCAAUAUCAGGUUGGCGGUGGUCCAGCACCCGCCCCCUUCACCCACGAUCGUCGAGCGACACGGCCACUUCAUUGUUUUACCUGGCGCAGCGCUAUAGAUUGUAUAGUGGCUAUGCUUGGUAUUGCAGCUCAGUCCCAUUCCGUUCAGUAGGACUGAAGUGAGGCCAUUUAACCGAUGAAUGCGACAUCAGAGGCCCAAAGAAGAGGUUGUGGCUCUCACCCACUUUAAAAAGCUGAUCAUUGGGGGUCCCAAGAGGUGUACCCCUACUAAUCUGAUAUCGAUGACCAAGCCUAAAACCCCUUUAAAUCUCCUAUUCAUGUAUAGAUCGUAAAUUAUAAUAAUAAUAAUAUAAUGUUUGAUAUUUCAAUGCGGUUUACAAAUGCUCCAGUGAAGAGCUGUGACAUAUUUACUUACAUGGUAGGAUGCCGCCUAGUGUUCGCAAUGUAAUGCAGCGCAAUGCGCACAUCUAUUGAGCUGAGUGCUGCUGGACUUGCAUGUCCCCUCAUGCUCCGCACAGCCAGGUCUCUACAUAGUGGUCCUCUCUUCAAUAGCAAUAGCUUUCUGCCCAGGCAGUCUAAGCAGUAACAUGGCAGUGUAGCUGAGGAGACUGCUUCUGCAGGGGAAGUAAGAAGGGACCAUAUUGUCAGCUGCCAGAGGGGGAAGGAGACCGAUUCUAACCACAGUCUGCCCCCAACAGCACCAAUGGAGACACAUAGAAGCAAAAAUUAUAUAAAGGGUACUAUUUUCAUAAUUAGAAGCACUAAAUUACUUUGAAAAACGGCUAUUGGUCUUUCAGGCCUUGUGGUAUGGUAAUGGGUUUGACAGCUGAGAUGCCAUUGUAUAGCUUUCCGUAGGCUGUGUGUCGGAGUAGUUUUAAAACCCAUCUACAUUUGUGGCUCCCGAGAAGCUAUGUGAAGGCAAUCCGUAUGAUCUGUGAUCUCUGGAGGCUGUAGCUGGAAUGGUUUUGCCUUAGUUGUCAUUGGAAAUCUUUGGGUGACCAGUGUUACAGCAGCAACCCAUAGUCCUCAGAAUUCCUGUGCUCGGCUCCACAGGAGGCAGAGCAGCUCUGAAGCACAAACUUCUGCUCUAAUGAGCGAGAACCGAGAGCAGAGGAGCAUUUAUGAGCACAUGGACAGGUUUUAUUACUUCUGGGGAAACGCGUUUUAAGGCCAAAGUGUUAGACUAAACAGGGAAGGGUCAUAAUCUGUGCAAUACGCAAACGAUGUAGACAAUUGUGGGAAAAGGCUGGAAAGUAAAGAUUCUUUCAAAAAAUAGUGUUAGUUUUAUUUUUUUCUUAAGUAACAAACUGUAAAGUGAAUGAACAAAACAGAAAAAUCGAUAUCAUAUCAAUAUUCGGUGCGACCACCUUUUGCCUUCAGUUCUUCUAGAUACACUUGACCACCCUUUUUUGAAGGAACUCGGCAGGGAAGUUGUUCCAGGGAUCUUGGGGGAACUAAGCCCAGAUCUUCCGUGGAUGAAGGCUUGCUCAGAUCCUUCUGUCUCUUCAUGUCAUCCCAGACAGACUGGAUGAUGUUGAGAUCAGGGCUCUGCCAUAUCAUCAUUUCCAGGACUCCUUGUUCUUCUUUAUACGGAUGAUAAUUCUUAAUGACAUUGGCUGGAUGUUGGAGGUUGUUGUCCUGCUGUAGACAAAAUUUGGAGCCGAUCGGACACCUCCCUGAGGUCACAAUUAUUCCUGACCAAAUCCCCAGCUUCCAUUUGUUGAAAUGCAGCCCCAAACUGGCCAGGAACCUCCACCAUGCCUCAAUGUUCCUCUCAUUAUUGUACCACUGUCCUGUCCUUCAGCGAACUAACUGCCUUCUGUUACAGGCAAAUUUUUACCAUUUUGACUCCUCAGUCCAGAGCACCUGCUGCUAUUUUUCUGCACCACAGUUCCUAUGUUUUCGAGCAAGGUUGAGUCGCUUAGCCAUCUUUCUAGUAGAUGGGUAUACCAGGUUUCUGCAAAUUCUGAAUAAUGGCACUGCUCUUCUGAUUUGGGUGUGAAGUGCGAUGUGUCUUUUCCUCUGCUGCACUACGUUUUCACUACGUCUACGGUCUUCAAUGCAGUCUGGUUUUGUGCUUCGCUUUACCAGCACAUCUUGAAACCCCAGUCUGCUUAGACAUCUUUGUCAGGGAAUGACCUUGCUGAUGCGGUCUAACUACCUUGCGUCAGUGUUGCUUUGCUCAGUUGCAUAGUGUACGACCUGUGACAUGAAACUGCCUUCCACAACCUCAGCUUGUAGCAGAGUUUGGCUGUUUCUCUGCUAGUUUUAAGCCUCCUGCACAGCUCUUUCAGGCAAUGACUGUGUACUACAUGUAAAAAAUGAAGAUCGAUAUCACUUGUUUGAUAUAAUUGGUUAAUCAUACACCUAACAAGAGUCAUUCUAGAAGAACUGAUGCUGAUAUGAAGGCAAAGGUCGCGCGAAAUAUCGAUUUCAAUUUAGAUUUCUCUUUUCUUCAUUCACUUUGCAUUUUGUUAAUUUGAUAAAAAUUAACUAUUAACACUUCUAUUCUUACUUUGCAGCAUUUUUUCACAUCUGCCCCAAUACCAAGUGUCAAUAUUCUAUAUUAUUAUUUUUGAUGGAGAUUAAUUUAUAGAGAAAUCUAUAGCUGUUAUGAAAGGCAGUGCAAGGAAACAAUGGACGCUUUGCAUUUUCCCUAUAUGUAUAUACUGUGUGUAUGCGGUUUUACAGUGUCGAUAACAUCGGCGGGGAGUGACGCCACCUCCUAUAGGACGUCUCCAUUGGACACUGAAUGUUUUUACAUCUUCACCAAAAUCACUUGAUGCUUUUUACAUUUGCACAAUUAAUAUAUUUGUAGAAUAUCAAUGCUUUUAUCUUAUUUUUGCUAAAUUAAAGCGCUCUAU